UUGUAGCCUCUGAGACUUGUGUGCUUCCAAGCCGGUGUGGAUCACUCUACCUCUCUUGAACACACUUCUGAGUAAGAUGUCACUGAGAUCCCUCAAAUGGAGCCUCCUGCUGCUGUCCCUCUUGAGUUUUCUUGUGAUGUGGUACCUCAGUCUCCCCCACUACAAUGUGAUAGAACGGGUAAACUGGAUGUAUUUCUAUGAGUAUGAGCCAAUUUACAGACAAGACUUCCGCUUCACACUUCGAGAGCAUUCCAACUGUUCUCAUCAGAAACCUUUCCUUGUCAUCCUGGUGACAUCACACCCCUCAGAUGUGAAAGCCAGACAGGCUAUUCGAGUUACUUGGGGUGAAAAAAAGUCUUGGUGGGGAUAUGAAGUUCUUACAUUUUUCUUGUUAGGCCAGCAGGCUGAAAGGGAGAAUAAAGUGUUAGCUUUGUCUUUAGAGGACGAACAUCAACUUUAUGGAGACAUAAUACGACAAGAUUUUUUAGACACAUAUAAUAACCUGACCUUGAAAACAAUUAUGGCUUUCAGGUGGGUAAGUGAAUUUUGCCCCAAUGCCAAGUACAUCAUGAAGACAGACACUGAUGUUUUCAUAAAUACUGGCAAUUUGGUGAAGUAUCUCUUAAAUUUAAACCACUCAGAAAAGUUUUUCACAGGUUAUCCUCUAAUUGAUAAUUAUUCGUAUAGAGGAUUUUACCAAAAAACCCAUAUUUCAUACCAGGAGUAUCCUUUCAAAGUGUUCCCUCCCUACUGCAGUGGAUUAGGUUAUAUAAUGUCUAGAGAUCUGGUCCCAAGAAUAUAUGAAAUGAUGAGUCACGUAAAACCCAUCAAGUUCGAAGAUGUUUAUGUUGGGAUCUGUUUAAAUUUAUUGAAAGUGGACAUUCAUAUUCCAGAAGACACAAAUCUUUUCUUUUUAUAUAGGAUUCAUUUGGAUGUCUGUCAACUCAGACGUGUGAUUGCAGCUCAUGGUUUUUCUUCUAAGGAAAUUAUCACAUUUUGGCAGGUUAUGCUAAGGAACACCACAUGCCAUUAUUAAUUGACUGCUCUACCAAAAUCCUAAAGAAGGACAAAAUACAUUGUGAAAAGUGUUAAAAAGUUGGUACUAUAGAGUCUCCAAAAGAAAACUCCUUGGUCAAUCACUGUGUUGGCUAACUGAAACUCAAAGAACUCAUAGACUGGAGAUAUUUUCUUUGUAAUUAGAGAAAAACCAAGUCAGGCAUUUAAAAAAGUGAUAUUUAAGUCAAUUGAACAUAUACAUUUAUCAGAGAUUUUUUUUGUUAAUCAAACCAAACAAAAUAAGACCAAUUUGAAUGUCAUUCUAUAGCCCAUAACUUUUUUUUAUAUAGACCAUAACUUAUUAAAAGACUUGCACUGAGUAUGCUUGUUAAUCCAUAAAACAAUGUGGAGUUUUAGUCAUGGAGAGAUCUAAUGAGCUAAGGAUCUUUUGUAUAUAUCAUAUGAAUCACUGAUUUCUAAAAAUAUAGUGUUUUCUGUAAAAAACUAUAACUAAAGUUUUACCAAAAAAACUUUAAUUUGUUUUUGGUCAUUUAAAAGAUACUUUAAGAUGUUUCAGUAUUUUACAAUUAUCUAUUCUUAUUUAAUAUUACUUAGAAUUUUCUAAGUGUUUGAAUAGUACAGUUGUUUCAAUAUCUUAUAAACAGAAUAAAGAAUCAAUUUUCAUUUGAACUUUUUUCCAAUUAUGUCAAUGGUGAAUUUGUUCUUGAUAUCUCUAGUUCAUGUAUAGUCAUUGGUCAUUAUUGUGUUUCAAUAAUGUCUUGAACUCUGAUAAAUAUUACUGUGGUAAUGUAGAGAAGAAUUAAAGUAAGAAAUUCUAAA